GCAGUGAACCUUAAGGGAAAUAAAUAGAGAUCCAUCAUUGACGCGGUUUGCUUUUAACUAGAAAUAUCACACAAAACCCACCUGGAUGUUUUUGACCUGAGAGAGAAAGAGCAGUGGUUAUAAAAAUACAUCACUGGUGAAGGUUACUGUGAAGAGACAGGCUAUGUCUAAGGAGCUUGGGAUGAGGCCGGUGAUGGUUCUGCACAAUGAGGGUGUUAACUUCCAAUUGAAUUCUGUCCCCAAUGAGGAUGAAGCCUGGAAAAGCUACCUUGAAAACCCAUUAACUGCAGCAACAAAGGCCAUGAUGAGCAUCAAUGGUGAUGAUGAAAGUGUGGCUGCUUUAAGCCUCCUCUAUGAUUACUACAAGGUGCCAAAGGAAGAAAGACUUCUGCUGCCCGGAAAAGUAACCCGCCCUUGUGAACCAAACGCAGUAAGGAGGAAUAACACUGGCAUUGGAUUUGAUUUUGACAACAUUUCAUUUCUGGAAAAUUCCAUCCCAACUAUGAAACCUUUGCCUGAAGAUGUUAUUAUGUCAACAGAGUACCUUGAUCCAACUAGAAGAUCCCAACGGUUCCAUUCAGAUUCUUCCUUUCCAGUUCCCAAAUCUCAGCCUUCAUUAGAUAGCUGUAUCAUCGCCCCCAGAGAUUUAUACGACUGCAAUCUCACCGAAUCAUUUGAUAAUAUUUUAAUGACACAGCCACAACAAAGAUGGGUCGCUGAGAACAUAUCACCUGAGGCCUUUCUUAACGAUUUGAUGAGACCACCUUGUGUCGAAGAGAAUAUCACAAAUAAUAACUCAAGGGUCGACUUGGAGUACAUUCUGGAGGCACCUAAAUCCGUCAACCAGAAACCAGGGGAGGAAUCACUGGGUUACCUCAACAAAGGACAGUUUUAUCCAGUCACACUGAGAGCUGCGGGGAGUGACAAAUGUUUACAAUCAUCCUCAACCAAAGUUCGAAGCAUGAUAAUGGCUGUAUUUGACAAUGGGAAGCCUGUGGAAGAACAAAUUAAGUACUGGAAACACUGGCAUUCCCGACAGCAUACUGCAAAGCAACGAGUCAUUGAUUUCGCAGAUUACAAGGAAAGCAACAGCACUAUCAGCUGUGUCGAAGAGGUGGCGUUCAAUGCUCUUUCCUUCAUCUGGGAUUCCAGCAAGGAAGCAAAGGUUCACAUUGGAAUUAACUGCCUGAGUACAGACUUCUCCUCACAGAAGGGAGUCAAAGGUCUUCCCUUAAACCUCCAGAUAGACACCUUUGACUGUGAAACCAAAUCGGACAAACCUAUUCAUCGGGCUGUCUGCCAGAUUAAAAUAUUUGUGGACAAGGGCGCUGAGAGAAAAAUGAGGGAUGAAGAACGCAAACAAUCUAAACGAAAAAGCAAGUUCCCAGAUUCCACCACAGAUGCUAUUACCAACAAGAGGAUUCCACUACCAGAUCACAGAGGAAAUGAUCGUACAUAUUUCAAGCCAAUGACAGACCUAAUUUCAUCUCCUGUUCUAUUCACGCCAGAAGCUCAUUUCCUUUAUUCACAGCGAACUAGAUUGGAGCACUCAAUGAGUGGUGAAGCAAGACAUCCUGAGAGGUUACCAGUCAAAAGGGGAAGCAAGACACUGUUCAAGGAUGAAGGGGAUCUACCCAUCAAAUUUGCCAAGCUUUGUGAACCAGAGCGAGUGCUGCUAUAUGUACGCAGGGAGUGUGAAGACGUUUUUGAUGCCUUGAUGUUACAGACUCCUAAUCUUAAGGGACUGAAGAAUGCUAUCUCAGAGAAGUAUGGGCUGCUUGAAGAGAGGAUUUGCAAAGUUUACAAGAAGUGUAUGAAAGGAAUCCUGGUGAACAUGGAUGAUAACAUCGUGCAGCAUUACUGCAACCAUGCCGCAUUCCUGGUGGAGAUAAAGGACAUAUGUGGUGGCUGUCAAAUAACACUUAAGGAAGUUUAAGGAGACUUAACAUUCCUGGACAAACUCAAAGAUGUACAGAAUAUAGGAACAGAUUAGGAAUUGCUCUACCUCUGUUCCUCUGUCCGUGAACAUGAACUGUCGGCUGCUUUGGACCAAAGAACAUUGUGCCAUUACUCUCAUCUGACCUAACAACAAAACAGGCUUGUUUAUACCCAGCAUGAAGAGUUCAAUAUUGCCUUCAUUUUAUUCUCUGCUUGUAUGGAUGAUGCCCGAAGCAAUCUUUUCUUCUUUAUUUGCACCGCUCAACACGUUCCUUCUGGAAUCUGAAUGCCUCGCUUGCUUCACUUCAUCAAACCAAACCUUAUAGACUGUUGGACUGUACACUGGAUCACCAGCCAGCCUAUGUAUAUUUUAGUAUGAUGGAAUGUGUGAGAUUUUUUAAUCAUUUGCUUGUUCCUGUAAUUUGCUUGUCAAUUUUUUUAAAUCUCAACUCAACCUUUUCAGGUUUCCGGCAAGAUUUUCAAUAUAAAGUAUUUACAGAAGGAAUGGCAAAUUGAUUGCUAUUUUAUGGUGCUCAUGAAGUAUGUGGAAAAAUUCAUUGCUCAUAAGUGAACGCUAUUUUCGUCUUUAGAGCGAGGGAAGGACCCUCCCUCCAAUAAUUCAAAGAACAUUUAUUUCUUCUUUAUAUAUGUAUGUAAUUCCACAGAACCAUCCUUCCCCUUGUUACAUAUCAUACAUCUGCACCAUCUUUCCCUAGUAUUUUGGUGGAGGAAAUAUUUGUGUACCAUCGUUUUAUUGCCACAAAUGGUAACCAGACCUCCUGAUGCAAUCAACAAUUUCCAAAACGUUUAAGAUUAUCAGCGUGCACAGGAGAUGUUUAGAAUCGUGGUGUGCUGGUAUCUCAUCAUGAUUUACAACCUUCAAAGUAUUGGACAAUGGAUGUGUAUAAAAUAUUGUAUCAUAGAUUAAUGGGGACACACCUCAGUGAUCUAGCAUGUCCAGUGUCCGAAGUACUGCUCAGGCAUCCAGAUUGAAGAUAUUGGGAGCCCAACUAGCUGCCCAAUGCUUUUCUUUUUAAUGCCCCUAUUUUAAGCAAGUGAUAUCCAUGAUUGGAGCCUAUUAUAUUGGCUAAUAUUUUUGAAGAGCUUCCAAAUUAGAUGGCAAUUUGCCCGAUUCAUUAUUUGAAGAAACAUAACAUUUCCACACCUAAAGACAUGGUAAAAAAAGAAUGAUUUAAGUAUUCCUGGUUUCCUCUAAUUGAUUUACUAAAUCAACAUAGCUUUCUCGGGGUGUAUUUUCAUUUGUUUACUAAUGUUUCUGAAUACUUUUUACUCGUGUACAAAGUCAGAGAUAUGCAUUAUGCUCAGUCAAAAGGUGUUCACAAACAUUAUUAGGGAAAGAUAGGAACAUUUCUUACAAUUAAUCGUCUUGAUUUUUUGGAUUACUGUUUUUUUGUAUAAAUAUAGUCAGUCUUUUACAUUUAUUGGUAUUAUACUCAGGAUCUCCACGAUGUGAACACGUAUAUAUUGUACAUAGAAAGAGUUAGCCUCAAGUUUAAACAUUGUGGUGAUGGACAUUUCAUGUUGAUGAUGUAUUUUUCAAACUGCAGAUGAGAUCUCACAAUUGUGAGAUAUAUUUUUGUUAUCGUAUUGUAAUAAAUGAGCAUAUCUGGUGUAACAUUCUAAAAUUGUAACUUCCUGGGUGCCAUUGUUGGUUUUUAACGUCAAAGAGUUACAUAAGCUUCACUGCCAAAUUCCUGUAAAAAUUUCAAUUGAUUAAAAUGCAAAGUGUUUAAAAAAAAAAAAAA